UACCUACAAGCCUGGUGUUUGCACUUGGCUCGAUCUAAGGCUAUAAAAGGGUUCUGCUUCACGAGGAACGCAUCAUAGUGCAGUUUCAAUUUCUUUGUUUGGCAUUUUUAUGCGCCGUUUGCAGUACAGUCUCAAGUAUACUACGAUACAGCCCGGUAAUGGAAAUAUCAGAGUCUACUAAAGUAGUGUUUUACGUGAGCAGAAUAUUUGGUCUUGCACCGUAUGUAGUGAAGCGCACUCCUAUUGGCCAAAUAGUGGAUUACAAGCGCAACGUGUUUCUCAUAGUUUAUAGUGUAGGUCUAGUGUUUUGCUUAGCUGGCCUCACCUACAAAGGAAUAUUUUUCGAUGUAACUUCCAAAAAACCUAUACGCUUCGUUUUCAGAAUGAAAACAGCUACUUCUAAGGUGGUGACCAUUCUAGACGUGUCAGUUGUAGUGUCUGCCUGCAUUUGUGGCACACUCAGUGGAAUAGGGGGACUGCAUUUUGUACGUGAGCUUAAUCGACGGUUAACCGAAGCCGAUGAAAUACUGUCAUUGUACGUGAAGGAAAGUACCCGAAGCCGGAGGCAACGACGGAAAGGAAUUCUCAUGCUAGGAUUAGUAUGUUUCAUCAUUACUGGAGCACUCUCUCUGGACAUAUGGGUAUGGUAUCGCAUUGCCGAUAAGAUAAAGAAAGAAAACAGUAAUUCCAGUGCCAACGUACUAGGCUACUUUCCAUUUUACUGCUUGUACUACAUACUGAUGAUGUUUCAUGUCCUGUUCGCACAAGCUGCACUGGGCAUUGGUAAUCGAUUUCGCCACUUGAAUGUGGCGCUGUACGAAAUGUUUCCCGAAUUUGGCAGAACAUCGCGCAUCGAAAUCUCAUCCAUCAAUUUAGAUUCCGACAAAAAAGAUCCCAUCGAUGUUGACCUCCGAAAGUGUGUAUCAAACGUGGCGCAUGGAUUUGAUAGGAAGCGAACCUUAUCAUCGAGAAAAAUAAUUGAAGAUCUUGCCGUAAUACAUGCUUCUCUUUCAUAUUGUAUAGUGUUGGUUUCGAAGACAUUUGGAAUUGCUUUGCUGGCGGUGCUAGGGUCGUGCUUACUACAUCUCGUCGCCACGUCCUACUUUUUGAUGGUUGAGUUGGUUGGUGACAAGGAUGCAGUAUUUGCGUGGAUUCAGGCAUUGUGGUUAUUCAUUCAUAUUUUUAGAUUUUUACUAACCAUUGAACCCUGUCACAUAACUAAUGUAGAGUCAAAUCGUACUAUAACCAUUAUAAACAGCUUAAGGAGAACCUGCAAAGAUGUUGAAAUGAUAGAGAGUAUCAACAUGUUUUGGCAGCAGUUGAUCGCCAGCAACUUUUCCUUCACCGCUUGUGGACUAUGUACAAUUGACAGACGAAUUAUAACAUCGUACUGCGGAGCGAUUGCCACUUAUUUAGUGAUACUAAUUCAAUUUAAAGAAGCCGAUGACAAUUCCGGAAAAACGCCACACUAGACGACUACAGACGGUACGAGUAUAGCAUUAACAGUGGCUUGUGUUUGGUUUAAACUUCAAAUUAUGUAUAGUGACAUAAUUUAAGCAUUAUUUAUCACCAACAAACGUAUGAUGGAAUAAUCACAUCAAAAUAAUACAUUUGAUAAUAAAAAAAUAUUCACAAUAAGGAAUGUACAUAUUUUAUUCUUUCAAAGUUGUACUCUUGUUUAUUGUAAAUAUACGAUACGUAUUAUUUGUCCAGUUUCCAUCAAUCUUGCCUCGCUGGUGUUGCUUCCUUUUGUUUUGCUUUCUAGGAUAAUUUUUACUCUUGCCUUGUGAUUCUUGCCUCGAAAGUUUCCAUCGAUAAUUGUCCACUGCCUGUCCGUACCUAAGCCAAAACAGAAACUCAUGCCAUACAAUAUUUGCCAUGAGCAGUGGCGGGUCUAGCCUCUCCG